UUUCUUCUUGCAAUUCAUGAAGCUGAGGAGCUGACCUCUCUCACCAUGAGUUACAGCAAGAAAGACGAAGACGGCGAUGCCGCAAUUAUGAAGGUGGACCGAACCUCUGUCUUUCAAGAAGCACGAUUGUUCAAUUCCUCUCCCAUCCAACCUCGAAGAUGUCGAGUUCUUCUCACCAAGAUUGCCCUCCUUCUCUACACCGGGGAACGAUUUCCUACCAACGAAGCCACGACGCUUUUCUUCGGCAUCUCGAAGCUGUUUCAGAACAAAGAUGCCAGUCUACGACAGAUGGUUCAUCUCAUUAUCAAGGAGUUGGCGCAUUCCGCAGAGGAUAUUAUUAUGGUCACAAGUACGAUUAUGAAGGAUACCGGCGGUGGAACGGAUGCGAUUUACAGACCCAAUGCUAUUCGCGCCUUGUGCCGUAUCAUUGACGGGUCGACGGUACAAAGUGUGGAGCGUGUCAUGAAGACAGCGAUUGUAGACAAGAACCCAUCAGUUUCUUCCGCCGCCCUCAUUUCCUCAUACCACCUCCUACCAAUCGCGCGCGACGUUGUUCGAAGAUGGCAGAGCGAGACUCAAGAGGCGGCAAGCUCUACGAAAUCAUCUGGUGGAUUCUCUCUAGGUUUCUCAUCGUCUUCGGGACAAAUGCCAGUCAACAACUCUACCAUGACACAAUACCACGCAAUUGGACUUCUCUACCAGAUGAGAAUGCACGACAGGAUGGCAUUGGUCAAGAUGGUUCAGCAAUUUGGAACUGCCGGGGCCGUAAAGAGCCCUGCUGCUACUGUUAUGCUUGUUCGACUGGCAGCUCAAUUGGCGGAGGAGGAUCAACAACUUCGGAAGCCAAUGAUCCAGCUUUUGGACGGCUGGCUUCGACACAAGAGCGAGAUGGUUAAUUUUGAGGCUGCUAAAGCAAUUUGUGAUAUGCGAGAUGUCACAGAUGCUGAAGUCACCCAGGCUAUCCACGUUCUCCAAUUGUUCCUGACAUCUCCCCGCGCAGUUACCAAAUUUGCUGCUAUCAGAAUACUCCACAACUUUGCAUCCUUCAAACCCCAGGCUGUUCAUCCCUGCAACCCCGAUAUCGAACUGCUCAUCUCUAACAGCAAUCGCUCGAUUGCCACAUUUGCAAUCACUACCCUUCUGAAGACUGGAAAUGAGGCCAGCGUUGAUCGUCUGAUGAAGCAAAUUUCUGGCUUCAUGGCCGAUAUUACUGACGAAUUCAAGAUCACAAUCGUUGAAGCCAUUCGAACACUCUGCCUGAAGUUUCCUAGCAAGCAGGCUGGCAUGCUAGCAUUCCUUAGUGGUAUAUUGCGGGAUGAGGGAGGGUACGAAUUCAAGCGCGCUGUUGUUGAGAGCAUGUUUGAUUUGAUCAAAUUUGUACCCGACUCCAAGGAGGAUGCUUUAGCGCAUCUUUGCGAGUUCAUCGAAGAUUGCGAAUUUACAAAGCUGGCUGUUCGUAUCUUGCAUCUACUGGGUCUGGAAGGUCCAAAGACCUCGCAACCCACGAAAUACAUCCGGUACAUUUAUAACCGUGUUGUUCUUGAAAAUGCAAUUGUUCGUGCUGCGGCAGUCACAGCUCUAGCGAAAUUUGGCGUGGGCCAGAAAGAUCCAGAGGUCAAGCGCAGCGUCACUGUUCUUCUCACCAGAUGCCUGGAUGAUGUUGAUGAUGAAGUUCGUGAUCGUGCGGCCUUGAAUCUGAGACUCAUGAGCGAAUCAGAUGAAAUGGCAGAUCGGUUUAUCAAGAAUGAAAAUACCUUUGCUCUUCCAUAUUUCGAACAUCAACUAGUAAUGUACGUUACAGCGGAAGACAAGACAACAUUUGACACAGCUUUCGACAUUGCAGCUAUUCCAGUUGUCACCAAGGAGCAAGCAGACGCCGAGGACAGGACCAAGAAGCUUACAACUGUCACACCUACCAUCAAAGCUCCCAAGACCGGACCAACAAAACCAUCACAAUCAAGUACGGAGGCUGCGGCAACAGCUUCGGCUGCUGCCCAGAAAUACCAACAAGAGCUUCUACGGAUACCAGAGAUGAAACUGUAUGGCAGUGUGCUGAAGUCCUCGCCUGUGGUAGAAUUGACAGAAUCAGAAACAGAGUAUGUAGUCAGUGUUGUCAAGCAUAUCUUCAAGGAGCACAUUGUCCUCCAAUACGAAGUCAAGAACACUCUUCCGGACACUGUUCUCGAAGACGUCUCGGUUGUCGCAUCUCCCUCGGAAGAGGAGGAGCUCGAGGAAGAUUUUAUCAUCCCAGCCGCCAAGCUUGCCACCGACGAGCCAGGAACUAUUUACGUUUCUUUCAAAAAGUCCAAUGGGGAAGGUUCUUUCCCUGCUAGCAGCUUUACAAAUGUUUUGAAGUUUACCACGAAAGAAAUCGAUCCUACGACUGGAGAGCCCGAGGAGACUGGUUACGACGAUGAAUAUCAAGUUGAGGACUUGGAGCUCAAUGGAAGUGAUUACGUCGUUCCAGCCUUUGCUGGCAACUUCAACCACAUUUGGGAGCAAGUCGGGGCUUCAGGCGAGGAGGCAGAAGAAACAUUACAGCUCAGUGGGGUCAAGAGCAUCGCGGAUGCGACCGAACAACUUGCAACGACCCUUUCAUUACAACCUCUGGAUGGUACGGAUGUACCCAUUAACACAACCACUCAUACUCUCAAGUUGUUCGGCAAGACUGUCACUGGCGGAAAGGUCGUUGCCAAUAUCCGGAUGGCAUACUCUACAAAAUCUGGUGUCACAAGUAAAAUCGUUGUACGGAGCGACGAGGAAGGAAUUGCAGCUCUGGUGAUUGGGUCUGUUGCUUAG